AUGAAACCCUCUUUCUUCACAUGUAUCACUUGGGCAGCUGCGCUUCUAGGCUGUGCGGCUCGGGCUGUGACUGCUGCUCCGGGUAGUCGGGGUUUAGCUAUACCAUCUUGCCAUGAUCUAAUGCUCCCUCUCUCGAUCAGCGCCAACAAUACCAAUAUUGUUGGCGUUGACCAGACUUUCAAUAACCAGUCUUAUGCUACGGGCACCAUCCUUCAACUUACGGGUACAGCGAAAGCAUGGGGUUCGCAACAUAUCUCAGGCUUCUUUAUCAACAACAAAACUUAUAACAUACAUGCAAAGUAUUGCGAGCCCGCGAACGGCGCAAACGUCGACUCCCCUCUCAUUGUCGCAGUACACGGGCCUGGGGUGAAUCUCAAAUACUGGGACUUUGAUUUGAGCCCCGAGUACUCCUUGAUCAAGCAGGCAGUUGCGAAGGGAUAUCCCAUCCUUGCCUAUGAUAGACUCGGAGCCGGAUUGUCCGAUUCGACCAGCAACGGAUUUAACGAGCCUCAAAUCGCUACCGAAAUUGAAAUCCUGGCAAAUAUCCUAACCCAAGCGAAGGGUGGCUCUAUCGCCAAAAACAUUCGAUUUAGCAAGAUUGUCGGAGUAGGGCACUCCUACGGGUCAUUUCAGUUACAAGGCAUUACCAAGAUCCACCCAGAACUCGUGGAUGCUGUAGUCUUAACGGCCUACUCGGCCGACUCCUCCAACGCAGCUGAGUUCCUCCUGGGAUCCAACUACGUGAUUGCCAGGGAUACGUCACCGGCCAAGUUCGGCCAUCGCCCGUCGUACUGGCUCACAACACCGACUGAUGCGGCUGAUCUGACGACAUUCUUUUGGCCGCCCAACAGUGAUCCGGCCGCGCUCUCUAUCUGGCGGAAUCAGACUGAUGUGAUUGCUCUUGGUGCUUACACCACGAUCUCCGCCGUCACUGGAAUGGCUCCAAAUUUUCAUGGCCUAGUCCAUGUCAUUACGGGUGAUAAGGAUCUCUCGGCCUGUGGCUAUAACUGCUCAGGUCCUGAUGGGAGAGUGGCACAGGUAGCAAAGUUCUACCCUAGCGAUCAAGUCAAUUUCACUUAUAGUAUUGUUAACGACACUGGUCACGGCAUUGUCCCACAUUAUAGUGGCCCGGGAGUUAUUCAGGAUAUCCUUACUUAUAUUGAGAAGAACUUUAUAGUUCCUUUAUAG